AGCUUGUCAAAGUCGAGCUCAACAUGUCUUUCUACAGCGACGUAGUGUCAGACCAGCUGCCGGCGGCAAUGUCAGCUGUGCGGCAUUCGUUGUACAGCUUAAGUCCGGCGAAAAUUGCGCGCACAGUGUUCCCCGAACUGAUUGCCUUUCUUCGGAAAUACUGGGUCUGGGCAGUUUACUUUCUCAUUAUCCGAAAGCUAUAUCGUAUUCUCAGCCGCACCAAUAAGCGUUCAGUCAACCCCAAGAAGAUCAAACGAUCCUCGGCAUCGACCUCAAAUAGUAGCAACGGCUUCACCACAGCUUCGGAGCACACAUUGGGCAACGUAGAUGCUACUUUCUUGUCCGAUACCCCUGAAACUACACCGUCAACAAACCAAGUGAUCGUUGGUGCAGGUGUCAUUAUAGUUAACCGCAACGACCGAUACGUGGAGGUGUACGAGCGCAAGAACGUUGCAAAGGUUGACAAUGUGGACGCUGAAGUCGAGGCACUGCUGAAAGAGUUCGCCGCUCGCAACAGCAAAUAG